AUGAUAAUAAAGAAAAAGAGACAAGAAGUUCAUGCGGAACAUAUACGGGAAAAGAAAAAGGUGAAAAGUGGUAGGAGCCAUACUAUCAUUAAAAUUGAGGAAGAUGUUCAAACUGUCAUUAAAACUGAGGAUGACGGCCAGCUUGAGACAAAAACAAAGGUAAAGAAAAAGGAAAAUUUAAAAGAAGAUGAUGACUGUUUAGACAAAUUAGAAUUGAAGAAGAAGAAGAAGAAAAACAAGAAAAAGAAAGUUGACUCUGAAUUACUGGAAGAAGCCCAUUCAGAAAGCUUUGCGAAUGACAUCCAGGACAGUGAACAUAAACAGUCUGAAAAAGUUCAUAAAAAACGACACAAAUAUAUUUCACAAGAAAAAGCUUUUACUGGUGACAACCAAAGAACAGAUAUUAUCCAGAAUGAUGGGGAGAGUUAUGUGAGAAGAAAGAAGAGGAAGAAAAAGAAAGAUAAGUCCAACUCCUUUUUACCACUAGCAGAUACUCAGGACAACAUCUGUGGAGUUCCUGAUAGCCCCAUUCCAUUGACUGACUUCAGUAAAAGGCAAAGAAAAAAUUUCCAGGAAACUGCAUUCACAAACAGGGAGGAAGAGGACACUACUGAGAACUCCGGAAACAUCAGAGAGACCAAGAGGAAAAAGAAGAGAUGCAAAGAUGUUUCUUCCUUAACACGUGAAGAUGAUCAGGACUCCAGUCACAGAGCUCCUGAUAAACAUCUGCCUGCACAGCAAGAAGCAAGCAAAAGAGAAGAUGUGGAUGAUGUAACUAUUGUGCAGGAAAAAAAAGGAAACUGUGAUGAAAUUAACAUAGACAAGGUGAGGAGGCAGGCUCUGCAAGAAGAAAUUGAUAGAGCAUCUGGCAAAACUAAGGUUUUCAGUCCCAAAGUGGAACAGGAUACAAAGUUUGGCCAGUGGAGCACAGCUGCUUUUCGAAGUUCUGAGGAAGAAAUGAAGUUUUUUAGAUUGAUGGGUGGCUUUAAAAAGGGCUCUGUGCCUAUCCAAAAUCCCUCAGCGACUACAAACAAACCGAACAUGGCUCUGAACAGGGAAGGGCAGGAGAAGUUACAGCAGGCUCUGAAGAUGGAAUUCGAUAAAGCAAUGGACUUGAAGCAACAUAGAGGAAUUGGUCUUGGAUUUCAACCUGCUGCCAACAAAAAAGUCUAUAUAGACAAAUAUACAACUAGAUCUAUAAAAUUUGAAGAUUAA